CUGGAAUAUAUAGGUAAAUGUCAACAUGUAACCUGUUUUCCCGUGUGUUAGCUGGGUAAACGAAGCGGCUGGCUAUGAUCGCAGCUUCCUGAGCACACACGCGUGCUUUCCAAUGGGACCUGUAAUUCAUUAACUGUCCUACUUUCAGGAAACUCUGAACUCUGAGUGUGAUGUGCUUCUUAAUGAGAGACAUCGCAGAUCUCAAAGCGGAGUAGCAGAAUGAGUGUUCAAAGUCCAGAGGCGCCAGCCUCGAAUGGCAUUACUCCAUUUCAACAGAUGGUGGCGUCCUGCUCCGGAGCCAUCCUCACGUCCUUGUUAGUAACACCUUUGGAUGUUGUGAAGACCAGACUGCAAGCACAGAAAACUCCCUUUCCCAAAGGUAUUAUGAUUAUCAACUGCCUGUCUGUGUAUUCUGAUGAAUGCAAUGACCACAUUCAUUUAUUCCGAUAUCUUUCAGGGAAAUGCUUUGUCUACUGCAACGGACUAAUGGACCACAUAUGUGUGUGUGAAAACGGCAACUCCAAGGCCUGGUACAAAGCCCCCAGUCACUUCAACGGCACAGUGGAUGCCUUUGUCAAGAUAGUUCGCCACGAAGGGAUAAAGGCUUUAUGGAGCGGUCUACCUCCGACCCUCGUGAUGGCUGUCCCUGCGACAGUAAUCUACUUUACGUGCUACGACCAGCUGUGUGUAGCUCUGCGAAUCAGGAUGGGGGACUUUGCUCAGGAGGCUCCUCUUCUGGCAGGAGCUAUCGCUAGAGUGGGUUCAGCGACAGUGAUCAGCCCCCUGGAGCUGAUCCGCACCAAGCUGCAGUCUCAGAAACAGUCGUACAGGGAGCUGACUGACUGCAUCCGGGCUGCAGUGCAGACGGAGGGCUGGCGCUCUCUGUGGCGAGGUUUGGGGCCCACGCUGUUCCGAGACGUGCCCUUUUCAGCCAUGUACUGGUACAACUACGAGAAGGGCAAGAGCUGGCUGUGUCAACGAUACAACACCACGGAACCAACGUUCACGGUGACCUUCGUAUCUGGAGCGGUUUCUGGCGCUAUCGCAUCCAUUGUAACGUUACCUUUUGACGUUGUUAAAACCAGAAGGCAGGUGGAGCUUGGAGAGCUGCAAGCAAAGAACUUGUCGUGUCAGGUCUCCUCCACCUUCAGCAUGAUGAGCAGGAUUGUGGCGCAGGACGGCUUUGGCGCAAUGUUUGCAGGUUUCCUCCCGAGGUUGAUCAAAGUGGCCCCAGCCUGCGCCAUUAUGAUCAGCACUUAUGAAUUUGGCAAAGCCUUUUUCCACAAACAUAACCAGGACACUCGGGCCGCUGCACAGCGGUGACACCUGACAGCUCUUCAGUCUUUUUUACAAAACCAAUCACAAGUAGGCCACUAAUAGGGAAAACAAACACAGGAAUUAUCUUUAUUAGUAUUUAGGGCCCGAGCAUCGGCUUAGUCGGAGCCGAGGACCUAUUCUUCUAAUGUUUUAUUCCAAUUAUUAUUAUUGGGGCCACGUCAACAUUGUCGGUACUGUGAGGACCAAUUGAAAAGAUUGUUAUUUGGAUAUUUAUUGUAAAACAUUGGAUAUCUUGAAAUAAUUAUGUGAGAAAGUCUUUCAUGAGAUUUGCUUUGGAAUCAGCAUGUUUUUUUAUUUAUUUUUUGAACCCCUCACUCCUGAAAAUAUUGGAAAUUAAGUGAUGGUCUGAAGUGGCCCAAUGAGUUGGCUUUGUGGUGAUCGCUAAAUGAGCAUUGGCCGAUCGCUCGUCUCCCUCUGGUGGAGGUUCAUGAUACUCCGGAGCGUAAAGGAAGACUCACCUGUCCUCCGCUCUUUGCCUGGAAACUUAAUGGAGAGAUUCAACAGUGAUGUUUAUGCAUCACGUAACUUGGAAAUAAUUGAUCCUUUAAUACUGACAGAAAUGCGGUGCUUUGGUACAUUAACACAAAUCAGAAGCACUUAAGUUUAAGUACUAAAACCACGAAGAGCCUCAAAACUGACCACAGACUUGAGUUCAAAUAAACAGCUAAAGAAGUACUCUCAAUAAAAGCUGUACAUUUUCAAAGAUA